UUUGAACGUUGGCGCAGUAAACAUGAAUGUCUGCACAUGUAGCCUACUUCACAGGCUGCAAGGACAUUCACGGACCCGAAAGAGCUCAAGUAUUGGGAAUUUCUAGAAACAACUGGUUGACGUCACAUGGACGGCUAGCAUCCAGUUGAAGAUGAUGAGCAGACCCGGGGUCUGAAGGCGAGAUGCAGCUGGAAAAAGUCAUUUUCGACAACUAGAACCCAACUACAAUUCACAAAAAGUUAUUGAAAGAGACAGAAUGAGGAAGAUCCUGGCUUUCAUCCUCUGGGCUCUGCUCUGCUGCUGCUGCUGCUGGAAAACACAGGCAGAGAUCUUCACUUCCAUAAGCCAAAUGACGGACCUGAUCUACACAGAAAAAGAGUUGGUCCAGUCUCUGAGGGAAUACAUUCAAGCAGAAGAAUCCAAGCUUGCUGCUGUCAAAAGCUGGGCCAACAAACUUGAUGCUCUGACCAAAGUGUCCACCUCUGACCCAGAGGGCUACCUGGCCCACCCAGUAAACGCCUACAAACUGAUGAAGAGACUCAACACGGAGUGGACUGAACUGGAGACUCUGGUGCUUCAGAAUCCCUCUGAUGGAUUCAUUUCCAACAUGUCCGUACACAGACAGUACUUCCCAGAUGCAGAGGAUGAGACGGGUGCAGCCAAGGCAUUGAUGCGUCUUCAGGACACGUACCAACUGGAUUCCGAGGCCUUCUCCAAAGGAAAGCUGCCAGGUAUACACUCCAAUGCCAUACUGACGGUGGACGACUGCUUCGAUAUGGGAAAGACGGCUUACAAUGAUGCAGACUAUUACCACGCUGUGCUGUGGAUGCAGCAGUCCUUGAAGCAGCUGGAUAGCGGGGAGGAAAGUGUGGUUUCCAAGGAGGAUAUUUUGGACUACCUCAGCUACUCAGUUUACCAAAUGGGAGACCUACCUCGGGCCAUUGAGCUUACACGCCGGCUGGUGGCUAUUGACCCCAGCCACCAGAGGGCAGGCGGAAACCUGCGGUAUUUUGAGCGGUUACUGCUCAAGCAGCUCAAUGAGCUGAACCAGGACUACCAGCCUGCCUCUGAGGAGCCCAUCAAGCUGGGAACCUACAUCAGACCUAAAGACCAUCUCCCAGAGAGAGAGGCCUAUGAGGCUCUCUGCAGAGGGGAGGGGCUCCAAAUGAACGACGUGAGGCGCAGCCGGUUGUUCUGUCGCUACCAGGAUGGUAAGAGGAACCCUCGUCUCCUGCUGAAGCCCAUGAAAGAGGAAGAUGAAUGGGACAGCCCCCACAUUGUACGCUACCUGGACGUGCUGUCACACAAGGAGAUUGAGAAGAUUAAGGAGCUGGCUAAACCCAGGCUUGCCAGAGCUACUGUCCGUGACCCCAAAACGGGCGUCUUGACCACAGCCAACUACAGAGUAUCAAAAAGUGCAUGGUUGGAUAAAGAGGAUGACUCUGUCAUUGACAUAGUCAACCAGAGAAUAGAAGCCAUCACAGGCCUUACAGUAGACACUGCAGAGUUACUACAGGUCGCUAACUAUGGAGUUGGAGGACAGUACGAGCCACAUUAUGACUUCUCAAGGCGUCCUUUUGACAGCAACUACAAUGGCGACGGAAAUAGACUUGCCACCUUCCUAAACUACAAAGAUGAGCCUGAUGCUUUCAAAAGAUUAGGCACUGGAAAUCGUGUGGCAACUUUUUUGAACUACAUGAGUGACGUUGAGGCGGGAGGUGCCACGGUCUUCCCUGACUUUGGAGCAGCAAUCUGGCCUAGAAAGGGGACGGCAGUAUUCUGGUACAACCUGUUCAAGAGCGGGGAGGGAGACUACAGGACCAGGCAUGCAGCCUGUCCUGUCUUAGUAGGAAGUAAAUGGGUGUCAAACAAGUGGUUUCACGAGCGAGGACAAGAGUUCAGGAGACCCUGUGGUCUGACAGAAGUGGACUGAAGUUUGACCCUCACCUAAGGAACAUGCAAAAGACACACACCUUCAGUAGUGCCUUCAUUCUGGCAAUGAUGCAACUCGGAGACAAAUUAUUCAACACUUAGUCUCCCUCAGCAUGAUAAUGAAAUGUUUUAGGAGUAAAUUGUGAUACUGUUAUGUGAGAUUUGGCUAGAUAAUUUCUUUGCUCUUUCACCAGAAGAUACAGAACUCAGUUCUCUAUCAUGCAUCCACAUACUGCCCCCACUUAAUUAAGAAAAAAAUUUGAUAAAAAUGUGUACUGUUUUUAGACAUUAAACACACACACAAAGCUAUAUCAGUACAAUAUUGGUUUGGCAAUGUACAUCCAUUUUACAGUCAACUCUAUCUGUUUUUUCUCCAACUAAUACCAGAAACUAAAACUUGUGUUUUUGUUCUCAGUCCCCCAGACUGCUCCACUAAGCUUUUUAUCUGCACAGUUAGAAGCAACUUUUAACUUUUCAAAGUAAAGAAUAGGCAUCGGUGGUGAUACAAAGAAGCCCUUAUUCAUUUUGUUUAUAUUUUAGCUGUUGAAAACACCAAAACGUACAGGAGGUGUCCAAAAACCUUGCAACCUUUUGUCAGAGCUGGUCAUUCAGAGUUAUUUUGAUGUCAUAGGCAGGUUUCUUAAAGAGAAAAAAACACACAUUUAACAUAUUUCUGAAUAAGACACAUUUAACAUCUUUCUGAAUAAGAAACAUUUAACAUAUUUCUGAAUAAGAAGCAGCAAAUAAGUUGGGAAAAGUUGUAUCAGUUUUUGAUAAUGAAAAAUUACUUUUGACUUUUCUUUUGGUACUGACUCAGACUUGUAGGCCCAACUGUAGACUCGGUAUCACGUUCAGAUAUUACACAUUACAAAAACACCUGGGAUGCAAAGUUAAGACUAUGGGCUUGUAUUGGCUCUAUUUAGAGGUUAAUUUUGGAAAACCAACUUUAUUCUGUUGGUUACCAUCAGUCGUUUGACACAAAUUGGCUUCAAUGUAUCUUCAUUGUAAACACCUUUGCUUGAUUAAUCAAUACUCCUGUCACUCCAUGCUUUAUCAUUUGCACCCACAGGGUUUUAUUUUCCUUCAAACCUAACAAAGAAAUGUCCUUGAUGUUUUUAUUUAUAUCUAGUUUUUAAAUUAUUACACUGUUAACAUGUUGUGCUCUUUCUACAAGACGGCAAACAAGCAAGUCAAUAAACAGUGUCUUUUAUUAAAAUGUUUUGUGUCUUCACCAGUUUACAUGGUUUCUUACAGUAAAACGGAGAAAAUAGAUUAACAUUUCACUGGAAUUGUACAUGUACGAUUGAUUGAUUGAUUGAUUAAUUGAUAGAGUAUGGGUCUAGAAUCUCCAGUGUGAUUUGCUAGAAGCCAUUACACACUCUUUAAGGAUUAUUUAUGCGCUUGCUGGGGAGACCACCAGGGACUGACCCAUCCAGACGUGUUAUUUUUAACUUUGUCUGACACAACUAACUGAGCACGAGUUGUAUAAACUGACCUGCUGUACAGCUGCAAUAAAAUAAACUUUGCGACCUG